GCAGCUGUCAGCACGCUCCCACCACGGGGCACUCACGGGCCCGCAAACAAUAACAAACACAACCCGCGCGGAACGGGCACCGGCGGAGCGUGCAAAUCGUGCGGCAACAUCAUGCUGAAAACGGGCCGCCUGUUGUCGUUGGUAGUGCGCCGGACGUCCUGUCCACCGCGCGCCAGACGGUUGCACCUGGGCGCCGCCGUGGCCGUGAAGAAGUACACCGACACGGAGAACGAUUACGCCCUCUCCGUCUUGCGUAAUGUGCCGAUGGUGAAGGAAAUGCCGCCCGCGACCGGUCCGCUGCUGCAGGAGGAUCUGGACGAGGUGCUGCCCGUGGCCGAGCAGUGGUGCGGGACCGACCCAGAGCGGGUGCUGCUGCUGCUGCGCCACACUGUCGAGCGGGUUCAGCGCGCAACCGAGGCGCAACCGUUCACGCUGGAGGAUGCACGGUUGGCCGGGUUCGUCGAGGCGUUCGUGCGCACCGUGCCCGACUUCACGGACGACCAGCUGGCCCGGGCGCUCGGCACGCUCGCCGCGCUGGACGAGAUCCGAUCGAUCUACCAGCCGCACUAUCUCGCCCUCUGGACCGCGCUGGACGCCGUCUGCCUCGACCGGGUGACCGGCUGGAACGUGGACCGGCUGCUGCACUUUGCCGACGCGUGGUACCCGCUGCGGCUCGUCAAGCAGGGCAAGUUCGUGCACAAAGCGAUCUGGAAGAUCAGCAACCGGCUGCGCAAGCUCACGCCGGACCAGCUGGUGCGCACCGUUUUCUACAUCAACCUGACGCGCGUCCCGGUCGAGAACAUGAUGGACAUCGAGGUGAACCUGCAGCACAACUUCCCCGCCUUCACGAUCGCGGACGUGGCCGUGCUGUGCAUGGGCUUCUUCAAAACGGAAACGCCCGUCCGGUCGGCCGAGCUGCUGGAGCGCAUCUACCAGAAGGUGACGGCCGAGGUGGCCACCGUCGAGGACAUUGCGCUGACCGCCAUCCUGAAGCUGCUGCGCUACUCGUCCCGUAUCCCGCAAGUGCCGGCGAUGCACGCGCUGCUCGAUGCGCUCGUGCCGCACAUACCGCGCCUCUCGCUGCAGGCCUGCCUGCACGUGGCCCUGCUCGGCAGCGACAUACACGUGUGCCAUCGCGGGACGCUCGAGCCGGUGGUGGACCGGUUCGCCGGCAGCGUGCAGCAGCUGCGCCUGAAGGACGCGGAGCGCAUCGCGUUCGUGCUGGCGCACGGCAAUGUUGCGCUCGAGGGUGGCCGGGACGAGGCGCUGCUGCGCGCGAUACUGGCCGACCUGCCGAACCGGGUGCCGGAGAUUGUGCAGUACCCGCGGUGCUACAUCGCGCUGCUACACUUCCUGUCGCUGCGCGGCAUCCACGACGCGGCGCUCAUCUCGGCCGCGUUCGAGCCGCGCUUUCUGCAGCUGGCGUACGGGCGCAACAUUGGCGGGGCGGGCCGGGAAGCCGUCUCGCUCGAUGCGUACGCCGCAAUCAAUCUGGAGGGCGAGUACGCGACCGGGCGGCGCUUCCCGCCCGACGCCUUCCGGCUGGUGUGCAAGCUGACGCAGGACUACCUGCCCAACCCGCGCUACAAGCUGACCAAGUCGGACCGGAUGCUGCUCGACCUGCAGGGCACGUUCGGGGCGCUGGUGCGCGAACCGUGCCAGAUACUGCACCUGCUGCCCCACUACCAGCGCCCGGACAUACUGUUCUGCGUGGACGAGCGGGCAGGGCGCGUGGUGCCGCUCGGCGAGCUGGCCGCCACGCACGAGAUACGGACGCGCGCAAGCGUCCUGGGCGAGCGCAGCCGGGACGACCGAUUGCGGCUGGUCGCGAUCGUGGUCGGCUCGUGGAACUGCUACGUGCGGGACGAGCGACGCCGCACCGGCGGGUACGCGAUGAAGCUCGAGCAGCUGCGCCGCCUGCACUACGACACGCUGGAGAUACCGUGGUACGAGUGGCCAGUUUAUUCCCGGGACGAUAUGCGCCGGUAUCUCGAGGCAAAGCUGGCACCCUUCCUGAGCAGAGCGCGCUCCCGAGAGACGAUUAAAUAG